CCAAACCACCGUGUAACACUCAUACGACUCUUUCUAAUCCCUAGCUUGUGUUCUCUUGCGCGUCCCCAGCCCUAACGCUGCACAUUGUCGCCACUGUUGUCGAAGACGCUGUCGCCAUUGGCAUCACGGAGACUGGUCGGAGCUGCUAAAGAAUGCUUCAGAUACGGUGAUGUGAACUUGCUUGACAGUUUUCUGGAAAAAGGAACUAUUCAUUCGUACUAGAGAGAAUCCAUUCUUUGUGGACUUCUAAGAUCUUUGGUCAGAUUCCUUUACAACUAAACUAUAAUGAGUUGAAAGAUUACUAAUCCUGUGUAGUGUAGGUUCCCUUCAAAUCAAUGGCUGUUUCGUAUGUUCACAUGCUUCAAUCUGCCAAGGGUUUCCACAAGCGUAACCUCUCCUAUUCCAAUAGCAGUUACAAGGGGAGGAGGAGCCACUGCGUUGUUUUUUCUUCUAUGCAUACAUCAAACCCUAAGGUAGACUCAUUACUGGACAGUGUAAAAUGGGAUAACAAAGGUUUGGCCGUGGCAAUAGCUCAGAAUGUUGACACAGGGGCCAUAUUAAUGCAAGGUUUUGCAAAUAGAGAAGCAGUGGCUACAACCCUAUCUUCUCGAAAGGCCACAUUCUAUAGCCGAUCACGAUCUGCAUUGUGGACCAAAGGAGAGACCUCUAAUAAUUUUAUCAAUGUUCAUGAUGUCUUUAUUGAUUGUGAUCGUGAUUCUAUAAUAUACCUUGGGAAACCUGACGGGCCUACCUGUCACACGGGGGCAGAAACAUGCUAUUAUACAUCAGUUUUUGACUUGUUAAAACAGCAAGAGGAUGAAGGAAAUAAAUUAGCAUUAACCUCUUUGUAUGGGUUAGAGUCAACAAUCUCCCAACGUAAAACAGAGUUAGCAGAAACAGAAAAUGAAAAGCCUUCGUGGACAAAGCGAUUAUUGCUUAAUGAUAAGUUGCUAUGCUCUAAAAUCAGAGAAGAGGCAAACGAGUUGUGUCAAACACUAGAGAAUAAUGAGGACAAGUCACGUACUGCAUCAGAGAUGGCUGAUGUACUCUAUCAUGCCAUGGUUCUGUUGGCAAAGAAAGAUGUCAAAAUUGAAGAUGUUUUGCAGGUUCUUCGGCUGAGAUUUUCCCAAUCUGGCAUUGAGGAGAAGAGAAGUCGUGUAUCCCAAAAAUCAAUGGAUGAUUGAAUGUUAUGUUAAGUCUAUAUCUCAAACAAUAUAGUCGGAUGUACCAUGCGUGUUCUUAUCCAUGUGACUAUGCUGAGCAGUGCAACUUUGUUAAAUAGCAUAAAUAAUGUCAAGAACACCAUGUAACUGUUAUCCUCACAUUUUUGUAGAGAUCAGUUUCACCUUUUUAAAGGUUUAGUUAAUUUUAUUGCGUGCAUGCUUAUAUGUAGCAAACUGCAAGACUGUACCAAGCUCUUAUUUUUGGCUUAGUUAUAAAUUCCUAAGUAUCUAUAUCUUUUAAAGUUGAGUAGAAUUGAUGUUGAACUAUUAAAUGCAAUUGAGAAUGAGAUACAUUUUUAGUAUGAA